UCCUUCAAUGCUUGCCUCCAACUCAUGAACCACGUGUGACAGAUCAUAUAGAACAGAUAAAGGAUAUGAUAGCAAAGAUAAUUGAUAAUGGCCAUGCCUACACUCUUGAGGGAGACGUUUACUUUUCUGUUGAUAGUUUUCCCGAUUAUUGCCGUUUGUCCGGACGGAAGUUAGAUGACAAUCUUGCAGGCGGAGGCGGACGAGCCUCUGUUGAUCUGAGAAAGCGGAAUCCCGCAGACUUUGCAUUAUGGAAGGAAAUACAUAGAUUCUUUGUUUUUGGGCCGGCUAGCGAUGGAUUACAAUAUACGAGGAAGUUGAGGGACGAAAGUGUUUAAGUGAAAAGUCUAGGGGUUAAAUAGCAAUAACAGGACAGUACACGGAUCUACCAUACAUUUUACCUUAUCCGUUAUGUUAUAUAUAUAUAUAUAUAUAUA